UGCGACCUUCAUGCCCACUAAAACCAACUGUAACUGUUUGUGUGGCUGCAUCUUCCAGGCUGUCCGAGUCGCGCAUACACCCGUCGAAAUAUGGCGAUGUGCGCUAAAGUAACGCAAUGGCUGUGAUCGUGAACAUGAUGCAUGCUCCGUUAGGAUAUUAGAGACAGAGGUGUUUAGAGAGACAAUGACUUCAUUAAGCUGUCGCCGGCAGGCGCAGGGACUCCGUGCUCUGGCACGGCGCGCGGAGAUGACGCUCUGUAACCUGGUACUGGUGCUGCUGCUGCUACACAUCCGGUGCACAUAUCAGCAAUCCGAGCACGAGGAAACUGACAGAGAAGCCAUACUUCCUACACAUCCGAUAGAGGGCGACACGGACGAGCACGGCCGGCAGGGGGCGGUAAACAUGACGACGGUAGUUCCGGCAGGGAGUCCCGACAGACGAUACACACAUAACCGCAUCGAUGCCGCGAGGCGGGGCGCGGGAGUCGGAACGGCUCAGAAGAUCGACUUGAUGGGACCGGGAAACGUUCAAGCAGUAGUAGAUUCAGGAGCAUACCGCCUGUUACCGCAUCUUACCGUCUGUUUAGCAACAACACACAGUCUGCUGCUGAUGAUGAUGAUUCUUUGAGCCAUUACCCGAAGGCCACACGCUAAACGCAGCUGAUGCGGCUUCGCGGGGACGUCACGUGAUGAUUAGAGCGGAUUGACCUCACCUGCGGGACCACGUGUAAUGACGUCGUAUGUGUGACGUCAUGUGUAUUUAACAGGUCAGCAAUAGUGGACCGUAUCUUGCCGACGUGGACAAGCAUUGACUUUCUCCUCGACUCAUUGUAAAAUGAGGGCGCUGCUUUUUUUAACAACGCAAGGGGCGUGCAAUGAUUACAGACUCGAUUGGCUGCCACCGUUGUAUGUGUUCUGACAGUGAUUAAGUAUAGCUAGAUUCCUCGGCAUCGUUAUAUGUAAGUAAAAUAUGAUUGUGUUUAUAUUGAUUGUACAGUAAAAAUUAAUAGCGAACACUGCAAAUGCAGAUAGCUGAGAGUUUAGCAUUGUUUUAACCAAUGAAAGCUUAAUUUCGAGUUGACUUUGCUUAUCCACACCGAUAUAUGAUGUCACAACAUAAUAGGCGGCAAUGACUCGUAAUGAUCAACAUUUUCAUCGGAAAAUGUAGCGUUCUUUAUACGCGCAAUAAUAAAUAUGUAACGAUUUUUGCACCAAUUCCCUCAUACGUAAGUUAUGACGCAACCUAAAUAAAAAUGAAUAGUUUGUAA